AUGGCAGGGCUAAUGAAGAAGUAUGGCAUCAUCCAUAAAGUGGCCACGGCAUACCAUCAUCAAACAAAUAGCCAAGCCGAAGUCUCCAAUCGGGAAAUCAAGCGCAUAUUGGAAAAGGUUGUGAAGCCUCAUUGGAAAGAUUGGAGUUCUAAGCUCGUUGAUGUGCUUUGGGCUUACCGGACAGCGGUUGGAGUCGAGAGAAAGUUACAAUUGGUGGAGCUUGAGGAGCUUCGAUUGGAAGCUUAUGAGAAUUCAAGGCUUUACAAAGAGAAGAUGAAAGCGGUGCAUGAUCAACACAUAAAAAGGAGAGACUUUAGAGCCGGAGAACUAGUUCUCCUCUAUAACUCUAGGUUAAGGUUGAUGCCUGGGAAGCUAAGAUCAAGGUGGGAAGGCCCCUAUAGAGUGGAAAAGGCCGAACCAUAUGGAGUCUACCACCUAAGGCACCCUUCAAGCCCCAACAUCUUCAAAGUGAAUGGUCAUCGUCUUAAGUUAUACCGUGGAGAGAAAAUGAAAAGCAACAAAGAGGUUGAGGUGUUCCUUCUUGAGGACGCACCCGAAGGCAACAAAAUUUGA